AUGGUGUUGCGAUGUGGCCUCGCCGACCGUUCCUCGAUCGCGGGCCCUGGGACGGCCCAGUCUAAAUCCACCGGCCAUGCAUCAUGCAUGACACGGGCAGUCGGAGGCGGCCCACGGAAGCGAGAAGGACCAAAGAACGCGCAUCAGCCCCCAGCAGAAAGGCGUUCAUGGAAGAUUCUGCGAUCUAAGUCGUCGUCUACUGAUGCGGGCGCCUCGCCAUCUCCAGGCGCGAGUUCCGGGCCUAGCGGUGAACGCAAAAGUGCGAUGCAGCGGCCACGGUUUAAGGCGAGUGGAACGGGACCAGUAGAGACUCCCCCCUUCGGAUCCUGGGCUUGCGAUUUGAUGGGCGAUAUCGAUCUGGCGAAUCUGACUUUGAACUAUAGCGCGCCGGACUGUCUGACUACGCCGAACUACUGCGGAGCUAAGAGCGCCGCGUACAGUCCCCGCUCUUCACUCUCGUUCCCGCUUUCGAGGACCAGCGCCUAA